GGCAAACGGCCAGCCUGGCUCUGUCCAAAAUAAAAUUAAAAUACACUUCCAGCUCCUAAAGCUCACUUUGGAAUCAAAUUAGACAGAGCCAUGCUAGCAGUUCCCCCCCCCCCCCCCCCCAUUUAUUUCCCUCUAAACAUCCUUCCUCCGCAUCCCUUCUGCCUCAGUAGGUGUGUCAAAGUAAAGUUCUAUAUGUACUGUAGCAAACCCAGACACUUACAAGUUUCUACCCCACCUCCUCCUCCCUCCUCCCUCCUCCCUCCUCCUCGUCCUCCUCCUCCUCGUCCUCCCUCCUGCUGGCCUGUAGAGAAGGAAGAGUCUCCUCUGGGGGAGCUGGCCUGGGACGUGGACCAGGAACUGAUAGCCCAGCUCAAGGAGCAGUACAGGAAGGAACGCAAGGUCAAGAAGGGGGUGAAGAGACCAAACCGGUCAAAGCUCCAGGACAUGCUGGCAAACCUGCGGGAUGCCGAGGAGCAUCCCUCCAUGCAGGCGCCCGUGACGCCCCCCUCCCGCCCCAGCGUACCCAGACUCAAUGAGCACGAAGUGGGACGCUCUGAAGACGAAGCGAUGACUUUCCUGCCGUCGUCCGGGAAGUCGUUCAUCCUCGGCAGAGUGGACGAGGCGGUUUCUAACGAGCUGGGACUGGGAGAACUGGCCGGACUGACGGUCGCCAACGAGGCUGACAGCCUGGCGUACGACAUCACAAACAACAAAGAUGCUUUGAGGAAAACCUGGAACCCGAAGUUCACCCUGCGGAGCCACUUCGACUCGGUCCGGAGUCUGGCCUUCCACCCGGUGGAGUCCGUCCUGGUCACCGCCUCCGAGGAUCACACCCUCAAACUGUGGAACCUGCAGAAGACGGCGCCGGCCAAGAAAUGUGCAGCUUUAGACGUCGAGCCCAUCUACACAUUCAGAGCACACAGCGGUGCUGUGUUGUGCGUCACGAUGAGCUCGAGCGGAGAGCAGUGCUUCAGUGGGGGGGUGGACGGGACCAUCCAGAGCUGGAACACCCCCAACCCCAACAUUGACCCCUACGACUCGUAUGAGCCCUCUGUCCUGCGGGGGGCGCUGUGCGGCCACACGGAUUCGGUGUGGGGUUUGGUCUACAGCUCGGCCCACCAGCGCCUCCUCUCCUGCUCCGCUGAUGGGACGGUCCGGCUGUGGAACGCCGCCAGCAUCUCGCCGUCUCUCGCGGUUUUUAACGAGAGAGGAGAGCUGGGAGUGCCGACCUCGGUGGACCUGGUGAGCAGCGAGUCGGCUUACAUGGUGACGUCUUUCACCACCGGCCACAUCGGACUCUUCAACAUGGAGACGCAGCAGCUCGUCCUGAAGCUGGACUCUGCAGGACCGCCAGAAGCUCCUUGCAAGAUCAACAAAGUGCUGAGUCAUCCCACGCUGCCAAUCACCAUCACAGCUCAGGAGGACCGGCACAUCCAGUUCUUCGAUAAUAACACAGGUAAAAUGAUCCACUCGAUGGUCGCUCACCUGGACUCGGUCACGUGUCUCGCUGUGGAUCCAAACGGACUGUACCUCAUGUCUGGAAGUCACGACUGCUCGAUCCGCCUGUGGAACAUGGAGAGCAAGACCUGCAUCCAGGAGUUCACGGCUCACCGCAAGAAGUCCGAGGAGUCGAUCCACGACGUGGCGUUCCACCCCACCAAGUGCUACAUCGGCAGCGCCGGGGCCGACGCGCUUGCUAAGGUCUUCGUAUGACCUGAAACCUGAGAUCUGGAGCUCAGAGGUCAGAGGUCGGGUGGAGCGUCCCGGAGAUGGAAGCGGGUGGAGUUCUGGAUGAGGAAGCAGAAAACUGAAGGUGACAGUUGGACUGCUCCUUUUUAAGAUGUGUCAAAUAUUCACCCCACCCCCACUACUAUUCGGACUUAGGCUGGCCCGGGUCCCGAAUCAAACAAACCUCUGGAUUAGACGCUGAAUGAAACAGGAAGUGGAAGAUAAAUUUAUAAAACAGGAACUCUCGGUACAUUUCAGUAAAGCUGGAAUCUUUCUUUUCUUUAACGUCACAACUCUCCGUGUCCCUGACCCCGACAGGUGGCGAGAUGUUGUUCAUGAUAAUGUGCCUUUUUUCUUCACAACAUCGAUACUUUUAGGGAAAUUAAUGAGAAGAUCCACUUUUCUCCUUCAAAAUAAGAAACGUUAUUUAAUAUUCAGACAGAUCCAAAUGUGUCUCAAGCAACACGUGAAGACUACAUCAUGUGAGCGCUUUAACGCCCCCUCCAGGUGACGUCCCGCUCUGCACACGACUCGGGACUCGUGGAUUUUUUUUUUUUGCUAUUAAAUUAAUUUGGUGUGAUUUUCUUUUUUUUAAUCACUUCCUAUUUAAGUUGUCGCCUGGCGAAGACUUUUAAUCAGUCUGGUUUUGGAGAGCGGUCGGUCGCGAGGACGUACGGGUUUCAUCCCGUAAACGCCCGAGCAAGGAGGUGAGAGGUCAAAGGUCAUGGCCCCUGAGCCGGUCUGGAAGCGGAGACUCGGAUCACAAACAUCUGAAUUAUUACUUCCUUCUUCUGCCUCCUGCCCUUAAACUUGUUUUCCUUUCUGAACUCGACGCUCUCCACUUUGUUCUUCAUCGUGACCUCGUCUUGAGUUUAAGAGGAGCCGAGCUGCAGGAACCAGCUGGAGGUCAUUCCCACCUGAUGCACAAACACACUACAAAGCUUAUGAUCUUUAUUUAACGGAACACGACGGAGGAGAUGCAGCAGCUGUGACGUGUGAAUGCUAACUGUAAUAUACUCCACCUCCACCUGUAGACACGUCCGCUGUCAUGUGACACGUUGAUGGUUGUAGAAGCUUCUCUCCAAAGUGAAAUGGCGGGAAUUCAAAAAACAAAUGAAUCUGAAAUUAGUUUUGAAUUCAUAGCCCGAGUAUUUUUUCCCUCACAGGGUUGUGAAAUAUUUUUAGAUUGAAUCUCUUCUGAUUCGCUAGUUUUGAUCACGUCGUUGUGUUGAGGCUCCGUUUUGAACCCCUGCUGCUGUUUAUUGUGUAUUUAUAGACGAACUGCAGCGAGGGAAAACCUGCAGCGAAGCUUUUCUCAGUUUGUUGUCUUUGAUCACAUUAGGUAUUUAUUAAUUACUUAAAUUGCCAAAUUAAAGCCAAAAGAUUUAGACGACACGCUUCCUACUAAACCUGACAGUUUGUUGUUGCUAAUGCUAAUUAGCUCAUUUGUUGUGAAAUACCGACACUUAAAGUAACAGCUGUUUAGUUCCCAAAGUGCACACAAGCCCCGCUCCAGAUUUGUAAACGCUUUAUAUGCUGACUGCCUGAAAUAUUGUAUUUUGUGUAAUUAUUAUUUAGAGCAAUGACUAGUUUUUAAACGACUUGUUGUGUUUGGUGACAGACGUGUAAGAAACAGGUAUUCUCUGUUUUACUUGAAAAGUGAAGUUUAUUCCUUUUGGGGUUUCCGCUGGUGUUGUAAGAACAUGACUUUACCUCUCGGCACUAAAUAACACUUUGGUUUCUUUUGUUGCUUUUCACCAAAUGAUCAUCUCAGAAAUGCAGCUGUGUUCGUGGGAUGGAGGGAAACUUCGGGGGAUUUGUGUUGCUUUUAUUUUUAACGUAAGUUGUAAAGGUUGUAUAAAGGGUUAACAGAUAUCUGUACAGUUUUAAAGCAGAUCUAUUUAUAAACGUGGUGUAAUUUUAAGGGACAUUUUAACCGCAAAGUGGAAAGUAAGUGAAUAUUUUUUCCACUUCGAGCUGAAAGAUCAAACUUUAUUUAUGUGAAAGUCAGCGGCUGCAGUUUAAAGUCGACUGUCCUGGAAAAUGAUGUGAAAAAUGAGUGAAGUCUGGUUGAUUUGCUUCUUCACCUCUCCAUCGGAGUAGACAGUUUGGAGUGAACUGUUCCUUUAAAAGGUCGUUUAAUGCGACAUUAUUUUAACUUUAAUUCUGGCUCUUUUUAAAAUCUCAUUAUUAAAGAGUUCACUUUAGAAUCAUCAGGCUCACCAGACACAUCCAGGAGUGUCUUCUUCUGUACAUUAAACCAGCUGACUUGUGCUGUAAGAAAGAAUAAAUGUUCCUGCCACACAUACAAAGAGAUGACAUGAGACGACCUUUAGGGCGAUGGGAACAUCACUCAGCCUGAGAUGAGGAGUGUGUUCAUAAACUCACAGCUGCUCGAGUACAGUGACGGGGAAACGAGCAGAAACUGAUUUGUGAGGGUUUUGAAUGGAGUCUGGUUUCUUGUUAAUCCCACUCCCAACACUCCUGUCUGCACGGGACCGUUCAUGGCACGCUGAUUGAAAGAUAAAAUAAAGUAAAGGUGCAUAUUCAAAUAAUCUGUAAAACAACUGAACCAGAAUCAAACCUCAACAAUACCAGACUCCAUUCACUUAUAUGUACUUUAUUUCACUUCCAGAGCAAUAGAAUCAGUGUUUGCUAUGAUUAAAUCUCAUUUACCUUUUUGUUUAUAAAACCCUUAGCGCUGAUGAGCGUCACUCGCACUACACGAGACGUAACACGAGCCAGUAGUGAUGUAGGCAGCUGAGCUCUUUCACAUUUAUACUUUGUUGUCUUCAGUGGCCAAACGCAGAGCUGAACCAUCCAACUGAAUAAAAACGCUUCAGUUUGCCUCUAAAUGAUUGUUGUCCUUUAAUGUGUACAGUGAAACUAUUAGAGAUUAAAGAUGCUGAUCUGGCUGUACAUAACGUACAUACAGGUGUUGUUUCCUUUUUCCAGUGUUGUUCUUUUUUUUUUUCAACAUGGGAGAGUGACAGAUUUAUCAGUAACAACAAUAAAGGAAUAUGUUGUAUAUCA